AUGAUUCAUUUUGACAAAGAAUGUACCCAUCUCGAGUUGCCGCCAGAUUUUGUUCGAACGUCAUUUGUGUGGCGGGAAAAGGUGCACUUCAACUCUUUUGAUCUUCACUCUCGAUUCCGCAUUAUGAAGCGCAAGUCUCGCUCCGACGCCGCGUCUCCGCGCUCCAGUGGCGCCACUUCUCGCCGCCGCGCCGUCUCCCCUCCACCGUCUCCUCCUGCCUCUGCAUCUUCUCCUCACGAAGAGAGCGAUGCAAACAACGUAGAACCGGAGCCCGCAGCGCCUGCCGAAGCCCCUCAGGGACGCGGACGAGCGGCCGUCUCAAGAGAGCGCGCGCUCUACUUUGCCACGGGAGAACGCGCCUCCGCUCGCAACGAGGAAGCAGAGUCCUGGCCUGGCUACUAUGCGACUAUGCGAGAGCUCAGAGACAACCGCUCGGCCGCGCAGGACGCGCGUAAGCGACGUCAGCCCGUCGAGGAAGCCCCUAAGGUCGUGUGGAAGCCCAAGCGCGCCGCACGCCUCUCCGUCUUAAGAGCUGACAACGUGGUACAAAGACUAAGGGACUUGGCGCUGCAGAGUCUGGCCGAGCACGUGGAGCAGCUGCCGUCACUCGAGUAUAUCGACGCCACGGCGCGUCACCAAGUGGCCAGAGCUGUAGUGAAGCUCAGACGCCUUAAACCGGAGGUUCUACCGCUCUUUAUCUUCCCUGGAGUCACGGAAAUCGACAUUCCCGACUGUUCUAACAUCGACGAAGACACGCUGAUCCGUGCACUGAAAGAUUGCGCGGCUCUGACGGUCUUGAGACUCGGGCUGUGUGGACGCUGCGUCUCGGACAGUGUGAUCGACGAGCUGGGAGACUCGCUGAAAGCCGUCGAGCAGUUGCAAGUGCAGGGAUGCUAUCGUCUCUCGGACGCAGGCUGUGAAGCUUUGGUGCGACGUUGCGCUCCGUCCUUAGACGCGUUUGAGAUCUCGUGCAACCAGCGGAUCACCAAAAAGUCGAUCGAUUACUUUUGUGAACUGCAGAAUUUGCACUCAUUAACACUGUCCGAGUGUCCGCAGAUCGGAGAUUCGUGCCUGGAAUCGCUGAAGACGAUGAAGAAUUUACGCAAACUGCAGCUGAAUCAGAUGGAGAGACUCACCGACGAGUUUAUAGUCUCUUUGGCUCAAAAUCUACCGGACCUGGAAGAAUUCUCAGUGGCCAGAUGCUCACAUCUAACGAACGUUGCAGUGAAGGGGAUUCUGGAGGCUUGUCGUGGUUUGAAGGUCCUUGAUGUAUCCGACUUGCAUCUCAUCACUGACGAGUGCUUUGAACCUGUUCGUGAACAUGGCCACGCCCUUCGUCGUGUUUCCAUGCGCUGCUGCUUGGGGCUGACUGAUGUUGCAAUCGAACAUAUCGCCUUUGGAGCCAAGUCGUUUCUUGAAACACUCGAGAUGUCCAGCGUCUCGCAAGCUACAGAUGCAGCUAUGAUGGCUUUGGUCGAACACUGCGCAACCAGUUUGACCACCCUCGAUAUUUCGUUCUGCAGGAAAAUCGCAGAGGAUGCGCUGGGCAUCUUAGCUGAUGGCACUGAAAAUCUCCGUUCGCUGGUGCUUUGGGGGUGUACUCAGGUGACGGCACGCUUUCUCACGUGUCACUCACAAGAUGACCUUAUUGUUACCGGUCACCCUCUUUUGACUGGUCUGUCUAUUCGGUACUGA